AUGGCUGUUUUCUCCACCCCAGCAACUCUGUUUCCCCUGUUUUUUUCUAUCCUCCUUGUUAUGCCACAAGUUACCUACCCAAAUACGAUCUGCUUAACAAACACUACCAAUUACACCGUCAGAAGCCAAUUUAAAAGAAGUUUCAAAGUCCUCCUCUUCGGGUCACCUUACAAUAACAGCGGCGAUUCAAUCUUCUCCAAUGCCAUCGAAGCUGAUGACCCGGACAAAGUCUACGGUCUGUUCCUAUGCAAAGUUGGUGUGACACCCAAAAUGUGCCAGAGUUGCGUGGACUCUGCACUCAAUGAGAAUCUAAAACAAUGUAAAGAGGCAGUCAUAUGGUAUGAACCGUGUUUGAUUUUUUACUCCAAAAGACCUUUUUUCUCUGCCAAUGAGACCAGCCAAGUAGUUUGUGUGUUGGAGGAACAACCUGCUAGAGAGCCAGAUAAAUUCAAUGAGGCUUUGGGAAGUAUGUUUGACCAAUUGAGUAUUGCUCCAACUUCAAAUCCCUUUAGACCCAUGAAUGCAACCACUAAUGUAAAUUUUAGCAGUCGUUCGUUGAAUGGGAUGGUGAAGUGUACAUCAGAUUUGUCAACGAUGGAUUGCCGAAAUUGCCUGUCUGACGCUGUUGCUGCUAUUCCUAGCUGCGCUCGUGGAAGUUGGGUACAAGGGGUUACACCAAGCUGUAUUGGAACGUAUGAGUUGAACAGGGUCUAUCACGAUGCUACAGUCGCAGCAGAAGCUCCAGCCCCAGCCCCAGCCCCAGCAGAAGCUCCUUCGGCCAUCAGGAGGACUGACAACCGAUCAGGUGGUGAGUAUUUGAUCUUUGAUUACAUAAACUUCUGA